AUGCCACAUAAUGGAUCAACUCGGCCAGGUGCUUUGCCCUCACUGAAGAAGAUUUUCCGGAUUCCUAUAUCCCCGCAUCCAUCGUUUGGCCGAUUCAUGCGGUUUCUGAGACGAGGCAACCGACGUCCCGCUCAUUCUCCUCCCCUCCUUGCCACGCCUGAGGGCGACCACCAUUUGAGUCGUCACCCGUCAUCGAUGUUCUCAAGACGCGCGACCAGGAAUUUUGGAGGACCAAGUACCGGCACCGUUGACUUGGGGAUUACGUGUCUCUAUGACAUCAAUGAAUCAUUACCCUUCCUCGACGUCGCAGCUGCUAAUACCGACAUGGAUGUAUCAGCUGAUGAAUACACUCCCUAUCAGAAUCAUGCCUCGACAAGCUCUGCUCCUCCGCCUUUGUCAGCCCUUAGUGGCAAAUUUCCCGCAAAUUGGGAGUCAGAUGGAACCACCUCGGCCGGAUUGUCUGCGACAGAUAUUGUAUUUCCAAACAGUUUGUUGGGUACUGGGUCGCUCUUCUCCGCUGCCCAUCCGACUACAGGCUCGACGUCUCAUACAGGCCCCUCGGCAUAUCCCCUCCUGCUGGGUGCGGAAGGAGCCCGGCUCGAUGCUCAUCCGACUGCGUCAACAUCUCAAGCAGGUCCUUUUGCGCAUAGCUUCCUAUUAGACGUGCAAACUCCCAAUGCUCUUGGGCUUCACUUUGCAGACCUUUCCGAAGAGACGGCCAGGCCGAGUCGUCCGAGUCGUCCCCUAACGCAAUACCGACAGCUACCCCCUUUGUCACCCACCUCAUUCACCCAUGAUGAUGAAUCAAUUAACGAAGAACACGAUAACGAAACGCCAUCCACAGCAAAUGAUGAACCACUCCAUGAACCACACCAAGACGCGACAUCCUCAAAUAGUUCGUACCACUCUGCAAGAGAAAGCCCUUCUCUGCAACAACAACAUCUACCAGACAUGACUUCUGCCAUCGCGCAAAGGAUCAUCAGUGAUUACUUCAAACCAAGCAAACUCGUCAUAGAUCGGGAGGUAUCCCUGAUAGACAUGCGCUCCGUUCUCUUUGCACUCCGUGACUGUCUUCAAGACCUUACUAUCGGUCAGAUUGGUACUGGAGAAUCUACCUGGCCUUCUGCAACGCCGACGAUUGAUAUGUCCCACCUAGCAUCUUUGAAGGUGGAUCGAGUUGACUUUUCCUUCUUGAAGGAACUGCUCGCUUAUGUGAGGAUGGACAACCUCACAGCCUUAGACCUUCGUGUCGAUUCGCUAGAAAGCAUGCCCCAUGAGCUGAACGUCGGAUGGAACCGACUUGAGGACCUCACCCUACAUAAUGACUUCUCACCCGAAGUCCUCAAUAAGGUGAUGGAUUCCCUCCGCGACGUCAACCGACUGAAAUGGUCAGGCAAGUUGGCCAGAGCGAAUCACAACAAGUGCUCCUUUAAACUCGAAUCUUUGCAAGACCUUACAGUUUGCUCAAAUGAGGAUGGAUGCGCUUUCUUCCUCGGAUGCAUUAUCUCAUCCACCCUUCAGACGCUCCAUCUUUCACAUUUCUCACUUGACCAUCCUCGGCAUGGCUUUCUAGGGGUCAGAAACAUUUUCAUCGAAAACAAGAUUGAUGCCAACCAGUUCUUAGCGAUCUUAACCCACUUUCCCACUCUGUUAAGCGCGGAUUUUGGGAUCGGCAGUACCGCACCGACGGAAAAUUUUGAGUCGUUGUGUAUGCAACAAGAAUUUGCUCAACUCGAUUCGCUAACUUUGCGGAAUGUUUCCGCUCCGAUUCGACCAUUGCUUAUGUCUAUACCACUCUUUGAGUUGACAUCCCUCGAGAUGUUGUUUGACUUGAAGGCUGACAAGAAGCACCAAUUUUGCUUGGGACUUGCAGAUUGCCUUCAAACCGAGGAAGGUGUUCGACUAAAAACUCUUCGUCUGGUCGACGCCAACUUAACACGGGAAGAGUUAAGAUCGUGCUUGGAAAUUGUAGGACCGACGCUGGUCGAUUAUCAAGUUCAACGGACUUCCCUUGAAGGCGAUGGGCAACUUUGA